CGGCGGCGGCGGCGCGAUGGAGGCGCCAGCCGAGCUGCUGGCCGCGUUGCCUGCGCUGGCCACGGCGCUGGCCCUGCUGCUCGCCUGGCUGCUGGUGCGGCGUGGGGUGGCCGCGAGUCCGGAGCCCGCGCCCCCGGCCGAGGCCACUGGGGCCCCGGCGUUGUCCACCCCCUACGCCCCCGAGUCGGCGGCCGCGCCCGCGGAGCCGGAGGAGCCCGGGGAGCCCGCGGGGCCGGGGGAGCCCGAAGGGCCAGGGAAGCCCACAGCGGCGCCGGCGGAGGCGGAGGAGCAGGCGGCGGAGGCGAAGCAGGAAGAGGAGCAGGACUUGGAUGGAGAGAAGGGCCCAUCGUCAGCAGGGCCUGAGGAGGAGGACGGAGAAGGCUUCUCCUUCAAAUAUAGCCCGGGGAAGCUGAGGGGAAACCAGUACAAGAAGAUGAUGACCAAAGAAGAGCUGGAGGAGGAGCAGAGAGUUCAGAAGGAACAGCUGGCUGCCAUCUUCAAGCUCAUGAAAGACAACAAGGAAACGUUUGGCGAGAUGUCGGACGGCGACGUGCAGGAGCAGCUCCGGCUCUACGACAUGUAGCUGUGUCCGCGGGAUGCCCACGGCGGCCAUGCCCCAUGCCCUUGUCCUUCCCAGACUUCCGUAGGCCUAAUUUUCCCUUAUAAACAUAGAUGCAAGCGUACAUUCUA